CACCGCCCAUCCUCAUCACCGCAUCCAUCCACCCCCCCACACUCUACUACACCCCGUCUUCUUGGCCCCCUCACCGCCGAGAGACCAUACGCAUACCCAUAAUCUGUGCUUAGACCCGGCGGGUUCCGGAAACCGGCCACAGAUUUAACCCUACCUUCGCACCCGACGCGUCCCGCCGCCCGCCCCCCCGCGAUGCUCAUCACCGACCUCAUCCUCGAGAAGCGCGGCCCGCUCUACAAGGUCUGGAAGUCGGCACACCAGGAAAAAAAGCUCAGCAAGCAGGAGGCCCUCGGCGUGGAUGUCGGCGAGAGUGUUGACGUGAUCAUCACUCAGGAUGUCGAGCACCUCCGCGUCUCCGGCCAGCUCAUGCUCGGUGUUGUCCGCAUCUACGGACGCAAAGCGCAGUAUCUGAUGGAUGACUGCAAGGAGACGCGCGAGCGCAUCUCAAUGGCCUUCCGUCCCGGUAUGGUCGACCUGCCCGCCGACCAGAUCCGUGCCAACAAGAAUGCCAUCACCUUCACCGAGCUGGCGCCAAAUGUCGACGGCAUGGAUGUGCUCGACUGGUCGUUCCACGCGACUGGUGCCGACCUCUCUGUGCCGCGUCUGGCGCCUCUGACUCAGACCAACCUCCGCCGGGAGUACGGCGCGUUCAACUUUGGUCGCCCUGCCGCGUCGUCCAUCUAUGGCGACUCAUCGUCCCGCCAGGGCUCGCACGACGACUCGUCACACCUUGACAGCCAGGACUUUGCUGGUGUCGACCUCGGUCUUGGUCUCGACGACUGGGACAUGUCGAUGGAAAUCGGUCGUGACGCGCACCGCGAGCGCAGCAAGAGUACCCAGGCCAUGCUCCGCACCCCGUCCGACGUUGGCCAGGGCAACGAUCUGCCCGACCUCAACAAUGACUUUGGCAAUGACUUUGAGCCUAUGGACCUGGACCUUGGGCUCGACGACCUGCCCGACCUUGACGAUACACGCGCGCGCCGCGCAAGCAGCACGUUAUCUACCCCUCCCCCCGAGUCCCCCUCGCACCUCAACCAGACUCUGAACGUCAGCCCGCGCACAGCCAAGCGCAUCGCCGACGCUCAGAAGAGCAAGGACAAGACCAAGCGCGUGCGCAUUGUGCGUGCCGACGAGGAGCUCGAGCUGGCCGACGACGAGUUUGCCGCGCCCAACGACGACUCCGACAUUCUCGGUGAGGAGCAGUUUAUCCCUGCCGACUCCAACGCUGUCCGCCUGCGCGAUAUUAUCGACGACCCCACGUCAUUCUUCCUUCCCACGUCGCGCGUCGGCGCCGAGUCGGUCUUCUUCGCCGGCCCACCGGGCCUUGCUCCCGAGCUCGCCGAGCUGUUUACCUUUAAUGUCAAUGUGCUCCGCCGCAACCGCGAGGAGGAGCACGAGGUGGACCACGCGAACAAGCGGCCGCGCAUCGAGGGCCCCGAGGAGGAGGUCGACGACGAGGUUGGCCGUCGCCGCGAGCAGAGCCACCUUCCCAGUGAGGCUGGCUUUGACGCCGGCAUCGACACGUUUGGCGGCGACGACCUGGCGUUCGACUUUGAUGGACCGCUCGUCACCCCACCACCAGUCGAGAAGCGUCCCCGUGCGCCUUCUAUUGCCCCUUCCAGAGCCGAGUCGAUUGCCCGGGAGGUCCAAUUUGGCGAGCAGGGUGACUACGCUCUAGGCAUCUUUGACACGCGCAUCCGCAACUCGCAGGGUGAGCUCGAGUCGCAGACUCAGUCGCUUGCAUCCGAGCUCGGCACACCUGUCAAGGGCGGCGCGGCGUCGAGCAUUGUCGAGUUGCAGGGCGGCGGCUUCUCGGCGACGACUGGCAUGGCGAUGGGCCUCCUGCGGCGAGAGCUCGACGCCAUCGAGGCGGCCGACAAGGCUGUCUCGUACGACAAGGUGGCCGCCGGCGCGUCAAAGCGUGCUGCGUCUGCAUUCUUCUUUGAGCUGCUGGUCCUCGGUACGCGCGACUGUGUACGAUUGGAACAGAAGAAGGCAUUCGGGCCCAUCGAGGUCCGUGCCAAGGACCGUCUUUGGGAGGGGGCCGAGCCGGUCGCUACGGCUUAAGCGUUUGUUUAUGCGCGCUUGAGUGUUGUUUGCUUCCUAUCCGGUUCCGUUGACGCGGACCGGUGAGUGGGCGGGUAGACGCGUCGUCCGACUCGGCGCCAGCGAGCGUGAGCGUGCGCCAUUGCUGCGCAUAUGAUACCAUUAUACCAUAACCGUAGUGUCUCCAGUGUCUUUUGUUAGUAGUAAUGCCCAUAUGGGAUGCAUGCAGAUUGUACCA